GACGUCGAGUGAGUUCAUGGUCACCAAGACAAUGAACUUUGAGUGCAAACCGUGAACUCAAGUGAGUGAAGCGGUGCAUUUCGAUACAACACUCCAAGUUCACGGAGGGGUUGAGGAGUUCAUGGCCGUGAACUGAGCCCAAUCCUUGUAUAUAAUGUGAGUUGAAAGGAAGAGAGAGGGGGGAGUCCCAAAGGGGGGAGAGCUUUCUUCUUGAAACCCUAGAGAGAAAAAGUGAUGAACCAAGAGGGAGAAGAGGCUAGGGUUUGCUCAAAGUGAAGAUUUUGGAAGAUCCUCUCCCAAGGAGGAGUUCUACAAGCAAAAGGAGGGUUGGAGGCAUCACAAUGGUUUCUUUCUUCUUCCUUUGUGUUUUUCCUUUAUCUAGCAUGGAGUAGUUUCCUUUUUUCACUUGGGUGUUGUAGAACCCUAACUCUUAUCAUGUAAUUGAUUGUGUGGAUUGAAUGAUUGUGUGAUGGAGGUGUUUAAUUUAAGGUUUGAGGUAUUAUUCAUGAUUGAUUGUGUUGUGUGAAAGCCUAUCAAUCUAAUUGUCAUUCUAACCUAGGUUAGAGAGAAGACCCCCUUUGGUUAAGAGGCUCUUUUAGAGAUGGGUUUCCUUGGGCAUUCCGUGCCUUCUAUUCUAGGUUAAUUAAGGGAAAAUCUCUAAGCUUGAAUUAGACAUCUAGGUUAAUUGUAAUUAUAUCGUCCAAACCCUUUGUUUGAGGGAGAAGAUAGGUCAACCCUAAAUUGCUUGGGCCAAGAGGGCUACAAUUGUAGUCUUUGACCCCUACCUUGGCCUAGCGAUUGGGAGAAUGGUUUCCAACCAUUGUUGCACCUCCAACGGGUCACAAUUGCCUCGUCACACGCCGCUUCAUUCAAUCCCACGGUUCUUGGCAGUUGGUUAGGGGGAAAGCAACACCCUAGUGAAGCUCCUCACUUAAAGUUUUCCACCCAUUUUACCUUACUUGUAUGUUUUCAUUUGUAAUUUUCAUUGUUUUAAACCCAAACCCGUUUUUCUAGAUAACAACUUAAGCGAUUGAAGUAGGGGUACAUGGAUCGGCCCGGGUUUGACAAUUAAAUACUUGCCCUAUACUGCACCCGGCUAGAGUUUAAAAACUAGGGCUCUAGUCGGGAUUAAUUCAUGGUGUAGUUUCGUGCGAGUCAAGUUUUUGGCGUCGUUGUCGGAGACUGCGGUCCAUUAUUUUGAAAAGGUCGUUUAGUGUUACUCUUGCCUUUUUUUCAUGUCUUGUCUUGUGUUUUGUUUUUGUGUUUUAUCUUUGUGUGAUGCAGAGUUGAGCCAUGAAUCCUUAUAGCUUCCCCUACCCGUGGGGGUAUCCACGAACACUCGAAUGGUGUUUCCCCGAGCCGAAAUGGGACUAUCAAGAAGGAGAUGAGUAUGGAUCUAGGGUCGACUACCAACUACCCUUCGUUGAUGAGAAACCAUACCCCCCGGAUGUUCAAGAGUUCUCUCCAUACUAUGAAGGUUACCAUCUACAAGAAGAAGCAAAGAGCCAAUUGGAGCUUUUGGUGGAGAAGUUCGUAUUGGAUAAUGAGAAAUCAUAUUCUGAACCGGCCUUUCCAACCAUGGAUCCACCUCACUCGGAUGUCCUCUAUGAAGCGGAGGAAAUAUGCAAUCGCACGGAGAAGCUAAACUCGAUGGUCAAGGAAGCUUGUGCACGAUUCACCCAAGACCAACUCUUGGCGGUUCGUGAAGAAAAGGAAGAUGAAGAGGAAAGCCUCAAGGAUGAAUUGGAACAGUUAGAAGUUUUCACGGAUGGCCACCGUGAUGCUCAAGACUUAGAAUCUCCUCUUGAGAUAGCCACCACUCUUCCACAUUUCAUCCCAAGCGUUAAAGAGGAGGAUCUCCAUGAGGAGAUGCGAGUCGAGCCAAUCGAUGACAUAGCUUGGAGACUCGCUAUUCAACGCUUGCUUGCGGAAGAGCAAGGAAAGAUAAGGAAAGAAGAAGCUGUGGAGGAGGUAGAAUCAAACGAAGAAGAAUUUCUUGAGGAUCCAAAAGAGGAGGAAUAUGAAGAAGAGAAGGAGUUGGAUGAAACAAUUGGCCUUUGUGCUAAGGAGGAAGUCUUGGUGGAAGAGGCUUGCAUCAGCCAUGUGAUUAACAACAAAUCUCCACCAAACAUCGAGGAAUUACUUAGCAAGGAUCCUUUUGCGAUCACUCUUUGUCCUACCAAAGCACACCUUCAUCAUUCUUCCUUGAUAGAGCCGGUGAAGGAGAGUUGACGAUGUUCUAUCCGGUUCGCGGCAAAGAGAAAAGAGAAAAAGAGAAGUAGAGGUCUCAAGGGUGGGGGCUUCAUCUGACUCAAUUUCAUGAGUCGGUCAUCAAAUGUCAAUCCAUUUGCUCAUGAAUUGAGUCUCCGCCUAGAUGAUGAGAACCUCAACUUCAAGGAGGUUCUAGCAUGGACCAAAGCUUAAGGAACAACCGUCUAGCUUAUGACGUGAAAGUAGCACUUGUUGGGAGGCAACCCAACGUAGGUUUGUGUUUAUUUUUAUGUAAAGUAAUAUUAUUGUGAAAUAACCUCGCCUUGUGUGA